AAAAAAAACUCAUAAAAUAUACACAAAUACACAUGUAAAUACUGUUACAAUUACAAGAAACCUCACAACACACAAAAGUUAAACGAGCAGGCAUCCUUCAGCCAAAAUGGUAGCUCAACUUAUGUUUCUAGUCCUCUGCUUAAUUUGCCUCAAACACUAUGCCAAAGGAGAGUUUCAACAAAGUCUGGCCAUAACUGAUAUUCUUCCUGAGGACAUUAAACGUUAUGAUAAAAUGCGUCCACCCAAGAAAGAGGGUCAACCGACUAUUGUGUACUUUCAUGUCACGGUAAUGGGUUUGGACUCAAUCGAUGAGAACUCAAUGACCUAUGUCGCAGAUGUGUUUUUCGCUCAAACCUGGAAGGAUCAUCGAUUACGGCUGCCGGAGAAUAUGACACAGGAAUAUCGUUUGCUGGAAGUGGAUUGGCUAAAGAAUAUGUGGCGUCCGGAUUCAUUUUUUAAGAAUGCCAAGUCGGUUACGUUUCAAACAAUGACCAUACCAAAUCAUUAUAUGUGGCUUUAUAAGGAUAAGACCAUACUAUAUAUGGUAAAGUUAACCCUAAAAUUGUCGUGCAUUAUGAAUUUUGCGAUUUAUCCGCAUGACACACAAGAAUGCAAAUUACAAAUGGAAAGCUUGUCCCACACGACAGACGACUUGAUUUUCCAAUGGGAUCCCAAUACUCCGCUGGUAGUCGAGAAUAUUGAACUUCCCCAAGUGGCUCUCAUACGCAACGAAACGGCCGAUUGUACUCAGGUCUAUUCGACUGGUAACUUCACUUGCCUCGAAGUUGUAUUCACUUUGAAACGCCGUCUAGUCUAUUAUGUUUUCAAUACUUAUAUUCCAACCUGCAUGAUAGUGAUCAUGUCAUGGGUUUCAUUUUGGAUUAAACCAGAGGCAGCACCGGCGAGAGUUACCCUGGGUGUUACAUCACUAUUGACACUCUCCACGCAGCAUGCCAAGUCCCAGUCAUCGCUGCCACCUGUCUCCUAUCUGAAGGCGGUGGAUGCCUUUAUGUCUGUCUGUACGGUUUUUGUGUUUAUGGCUCUGAUGGAAUACUGUUUGAUCAAUAUUGUAUUAAGUGACACGCCCAUUCCAAAACCCAUGGCUUAUCCACCCAAACCAGUUGCUGGUGAAGGCGGUGGUGGCGGCACAGCGGGCGCCAAGAAGGAUUCCGACGCUCCACCGGGAGGAAGUAACAAUGCCAGUGCAAAUAAGUCAACAAUGUUACCUUUGGCCGAUGAGAAGAUCGAGAAAAUCGAAAAGAUUUUCGAUGAGAUGACCAAAAACAAACGUGUUGUGACUACUACUCGACGCGUUGUACGUCCACCAUUGGAUGCCGAUGGACCGUGGAUUCCACGUCAGGAGUCACGCAUAAUACUUACUCCAAUUAUAGCUCCACCACCGCCUCCGCCCCCGCCAGUUGUGAACGAACCAGAGCUACCGAAACCAAAGCUAACGCCAGCCCAAGAGCGUCUUAAGCGUGCCAUCUAUAUAGAUCGUUCAUCGCGUGUCCUUUUUCCCGCUCUCUUUGCCAGCCUCAACUGCAUCUAUUGGAUUGUCUUUUAUGAGUAUCUUUAAGAUCAUUAUGGCAAUGCUGUAAAUAUGUUCUAUGUCUUCUUCAAACGAAAAAAAAACCAAAACGUUAAUUGUUCACAAGUAUCUCUACAUAAUUAUAAACAAAUUAAGUACUUAAGCUUACACGCACAAGCUUUAUGUCAACGAAUUUUAAACAAGAACAAGAAAAGUUUGCCAAACUAGCGAUAUGUUGAUCCAAAUGAUAUUACCUAGUGUUUAAACAAUUAAUAUAUCUAAAUGUAACAAUUCAAAUUCCUAAAUGCUUGAAAAGGUUAUUAACAUAUUUAUCUGUCUGAAGUCAAAUGUAAUUUAAUGUCUCUCGAUCAAGAAAUGCUUUUAAUUGUAAAUAAAAACUAGAAGAAAUCCAUCGUCUA